UUAUGCUGAGUAGAGAGUGAUAAUAAGGUUCAGAUUGAGAGGUUUAAGAUGGCGAUAUGUAUUGGAAGUUUGAGUGUUUUCAUAGUGUGUUGUAUGUCUAUGUUGUGGUCAUCUGCCUCACAUCCCCUGUAUAACAAUGGUUUGAGUCCAAUGUUCUAUGAAAAGUCGUGUCCAAAUGCUGAGCAAAUUGUGAAGUCUGUUGUGCAGAAUGCUGUGAUGAAGGAAGCCAGAAUGGCGGCUUCUUUGCUCCGUCUUCAGUUCCACGACUGCUUUGUGCAGGGGUGUGACGCGUCACUGUUUCUGGACGACAGUGCCAAGAUUGUGAGCGAAAAGAAUUCAAAUCCCAACAAAAAUUCAGCCAGAGGAUUCGAGGUAAUCGACCAGAUAAAGAGUGAGUUGGAGAAGGCAUGCCCAAAAACUGUCUCCUGCGCAGAUAUUCUUAUCAUUGCCGCUCGUGACUCUGUUGUCUUGAGUGGAGGACCCAGUUGGGAAAUUACAUUGGGGAGAAGGGAUUCCACAAGUGCAAGCUUGCAAGGCUCAAACAAUAACAUCCCUGCACCAAACUCAACCCUAGAAACUCUUAUCGCUAAGUUCAAACGCCAAGGUCUGAAUGAAGUGGACCUAGUAGCACUUUCAGGCAGCCACACCAUUGGUCAAUCUCGUUGCACAAGCUUCCGACAAAGGCUGUACAACCAGAGUGGAAAUGGGCAGCCCGAUUUCACCCUGGAGAAGAGUUAUUCCGCUAAGCUGAGAUCUGUGUGCCCACAAUCAGGAGGAGAUAACAAUCUCUCCCCAUUGGAUUCAAUAACUCCUACCAAAUUCGACAACUACUAUUUCAAGCUAUUGGUGAGCAACAAAGGACUGCUGAAUUCUGACGAGGUUUUGUUCACCAAGGGACAAGGAAAAACAAUGGAGACUGUGAAAUUAUAUGCGGAACAGGAGGAGGUGUUUCUGAAGCAAUUUGUGGAAUCAAUGAUUAAGUUGGGAAAUAUGAGUCCUCUCACCGGCAAUCGAGGGCAGAUCAGGACUAAUUGUCGCUCUGUUAUGUAGCACUCUUUUGAAACCCACUUUGCAAUGCUUUUUGCCACCAGGAAUGAGUCAGAGGUCGUCAGUAUGCAUUUCUUUUUGCUGUUUCGGUGCACUCUCUGCCCCGCCCAAUCAUCCCCUAUCUUUUUUGUCCUCUGAAAUAAUGAUUUGUGUUUCCCAAAGAACAAAAGUUCUGAUCCUCCCUUUCUCUGUUUGUUUACAUCCUGAGUAAAAUUAUGAACAUGAGGAUUUGUCACACCUCAUUAAAAAAGUGUGAAUAAAUGUGGUUCUUUUACACAAACUUAUUUAUUCAUCUUCAAU